CCAACCUCUGCCUUCUUUAAUUGUCACCACGCUCCUUGGACGGCUUGCAACGAUGAGGCUGGCUUGUUACCCCUCGCUUAUUCUGUUCUUAUCAUUCACACUCAUUCAGGGAUCGAUUUCCUCCUUGUUAACAGAAGGAUUCAAACCAUCCAGUUCGGUAGAAAAAGCGGUCGGACGGGGGCCAGUCAGAAAUCACGGCGAGAGCACGUCGAGUGGGACUGGGGCUCUGGAAUCGGCAGCUGAAGCUCCAGCUGCUACAUUGUCUCUCUCCGAAAUACUCGCCACCAAUGAAGGCGCUCAAGCGCCUAUAAGACCUCAGAAGAACAAUUUGGCAGCCGCUCUUUUACACCAAAAAGCAAAUUUAAUCUUGGAUGAUUUGAUCAAAAAGCAGGAAAAAGUAUCAUUUUUGUCACAGAUUUCUCGCAGGAUUAUCGACCAGGCCGGAAAAGGCGCUGGCAAGCCGAAAUACAUCGAAACGAAGACAAGGAAGCCCACAAAAUCCAUUCAAGCCAAGACAAGUGGUCACCACAAAAACACCGAGUUGAACGUAGAGAGGGUCGAGCCCUUGUUGCAAGACAUGAUGGCCGAGAUCUUCGUACUCACAGCCUCCUACUGGCUCAAAUGCACCAGUUCCCAACAGGACGAGGUCGUGCGCAAGUUGCAAAAGGCUCCAUUCCCAGCGGAAUUCCUUGAUACCAUCCAGAAGCUGGAGCAGCUUCAUAUCGAGCCUGUCAUCGAAAGCAGAACUCGGCUCAGGUGGAUCGACAUCGAGAGCAAAACCAGAGCGUUCCGGCGGGAAUUCAGAGAAGCUUUCUUGAAGCGCUACCCGCACAAGGUCAAGCUCGCAACCGCAGAAUACAUCCCUUUGGAUUCGAUCGCUAUGUCUGCCCACAUGGCUAGAAUUCCCAAACGAUUCGAAGCUGCGCAACAGUGGCUGAUCCAAGACUCAUCUGAAAAUUUGCCAGAGAUAAUCGAAGUGGCAGAAUUGGAAUGGCUUGAAAAACGCCUCAAACAGUUCUGAUUCACUCAAUUACGGUUCUCAUCUCCCCCAAGCUCCCUCACAAUUCACUUUCAGCUUACCAAUCUUAGAAAACUCAAAAUGACUGGUUGAUGU